UAAGAAAACGUAGUUGCUGAUAACUGUGUUGAUGCGGGGAAACCUCUUGCCACAAAAUAGGUGUCAUUUGUACUUCCCAUCUUGAUAGGGGAAACAGCGAUUAGGUAUUAGGUGUUACCUUGGUAUCAGAUAUAAAAUAGGUUAUUAAUAAUAACUAUAUAAAAGAGCGAAGCGGGAAUUCACAACUCCCCUCCCGUCAUGUUUCAAUCUAUCAUCAGAGCCACCACCACCAGGAUCACGACCAGAGCCAUCACUUGUUCUAGUGGGACAUCUUCCCAUCUAAACAGAAACAAUAACAGCAACAAUAACAACUUCUUAUCCAGGCUCUUAUCCACCAUGACAGACUUGAAAGUUGAUCUCACUGCCCCAAACGGCAAGAAAAUUACCCUUCCUACAGGUCUCUUUAUUAAUAAUGAAUUCGUCAAGUCGAGUUCAGGGGCUAAAAUUACAAGCAUCAACCCGACGAACGAGCAAGAAAUAUGCUCUGUUGAAGCAGCUAGCGUCGAAGAUAUCGACAAAGCCGUGGCUGCUGCGAGAGCAGCAUUGAACCAUGAGGCGUGGCGAGAUAUGUCUCCAACCGACCGCGGCAGGUUGAUGUACAAGUUGGCCGAUCUGGUCGAACAAGAAGAAGAUAUCCUAGCCACCCUUGAGACGUGGGAUAAUGGCAAGCCGCUUGGCGAUUCCCAUGGAGACUUAUUGGAGGUCAUCAAUACCAUUCGAUACUACGCUGGCUAUGCCGACAAGAUCCACGGCGAAACCAUCCCCACCACAAAUCAGAAGUUUGCCUACACACUAAAACAGCCUAUCGGCGUUUGCGCUCAAAUCAUCCCUUGGAAUUACCCGCUGGCGAUGGCGGCCUGGAAAUUGGGACCGGCACUUGCCUGCGGGAACACAGUCGUAAUGAAGCCUGCCGAGCAAACCCCCCUAUCCAUCCUAUACUUGGCGAGUCUCAUCCCCAAGGCCGGCUUCCCUCCCGGAGUCGUGAACAUUACCAACGGGUAUGGUAAAGAAGCCGGCCAUGCGCUCGCAAGCCAUCUGGACAUCGACAAAGUCGCUUUCACCGGCUCGACCAUGACGGGAAAGCAGAUCAUGAAGGCGGCCAGCGUCAACAUGAAAAACAUCACUCUCGAGACCGGCGGCAAAUCUCCGCUGAUAGUCUUCGAGGAUGCCGAUAUCGAGCAAGCAGCCAAGUGGGCCCACGUCGGAAUCAUGAGUAAUAUGGGUCAGAUCUGCACGGCGACGUCGCGUAUCCUCGUGCAAGAGAAGGUCUACGACAAGUUCGUAGAGAAGUUCCGGGAGGAGGUUAAGACCACGAGCAAGGUCGGCGACCCCUUCGAGGAGGGCACGUUCCAGGGCCCUCAGGUUACCAAGGCGCAAUAUGAGAGGAUCCUGAGCUUCGUGGAGACGGGCAAGUCGGAAGGGGCUACGCUGACGGACGGAGGCGUCCCCUGCCCGCUCAACGGGAAGGGCUACUUCAUCGCGCCGACCGUCUUCACAAACGUCAAGGACAACAUGAAGAUCUACCGGGAGGAGGUGUUUGGCCCAUUCGUCGUCAUCGUGCCGUUCAAGGCCGAGGGCGACGCGAUCGCUAUGGCGAACGACACGACGUACGGGCUCGGCUCGGCGCUGUUCACGCAGAACCUCGAGCUCGCGCACCGUGUCGCCUCGCGCAUCGAGGCGGGAAUGGUCUGGAUCAACUCGUCCAACGACUCCGACUUUAGAGUGCCCUUCGGAGGCGUGAAGCAGAGCGGUAUCGGCCGCGAGCUGGGUGAGGCGGGUCUUGCUGGAUACAUGCAGACUAAGGCCAUUCAUAUAAAUCUAGGUCAGAAAUUGUAAAAUAUUAGGCUAGGUCAGGUCAGGUUAGAUUAGGUUAGGUUAGGUACCUCACAUAUCAGUUCGCCGGCUUAAAAAGAAAAAAAAAAAAAAAAAAAAAAA